AUGCUUCCUGAUUUAAUUCAGGUAACAGUUGUUAAGGAUCCAGCUGAGUUUGAGAAGAACUAUCCACUGUAUGCAGCCGUCAAUAGGUGUGCAAAAGUUGUUGAGAGACACACUGGUCGAAUCAUCAACUUGGAGUACGUGGGAGAAGGUGAUAUCCAAAACACUGUCCUUCUGGUUGGAAAGGGUGUGACUUAUGACACAGGUGGUGCAGAUAUUAAAGCUGGUGGGGUUAUGGCUGGAAUGAGCAGGGAUAAGUGUGGGGCAGCUGCAGUGGCAGGGUUCUUUCAGUUAUAAUUAAUCUUUCAGACUCUUGCUAUGCUGAAACCAAAAGGAAUCAAAGUCUUUGGUACAAUGGCCAUGGUGCGCAACAGUGUUGGUGCAGAGGGCUAUGUUGCUGAUGAGAUUAUAACCUCUGCCGCUGGGGCCAGGAUUAGGGUUGGUAACACUGAUGCUGAGGGUCGCAUGGCUAUGGCUGAUUGUAUGCAUCAUAUGAAACUCAAGGCUCUCGCAGAGAAAGUUCCCACACACAUUCUUACAAUUGCCACUCUCACUGGCCAUGCCCGCCUGGCUAUGGGUCCUGCCUACUCAAUUGUGAUUGACAAUGGGCCCGCAGCUCGUACCAAGUUUGCUCAAAAUAUCCAAAAAGCUGGACAUGACAUGGGUGAUCCGUUUGAAAUCUCGACAGUUCGUAGAGAGGAUUACGACUUCGUCAAAGCCCAUUCAGAGUAUGCAGACGUAUUGCAGUGUAAUAACUCUCCAUCCAGCAGAACACCCAGAGGACAUCAGUUUCCAGCUGCUUUCCUCAUUAGGGCCUCAGGACUUGAUAAGCAUGGUAUUGACUCAAACCAGCCACUCUGUUAUUCUCACUUUGACAUUGCUGGAUCAAGUGGAACAUUCCCACAAGUUCCUACUGGGGCGCCAGUGGUUGCCAUGACAGAAACCUUUCUCAAAAGCCAUUGUUGAACAGAUCAUAAGCUGAUCAUAGCAUUGCACAGCUUCAUGUUUUUGCUUGAGCACGAAACUUCAAAGACAAAUCAGCACGAGAAAUCUGAUUUUUGUUGAUUUUCGUUUGAGUCAGUUCUAGUAUGGUGUAGGAGUCGCGACGGCAUAUGCGAGGCUUAAAAAUAGUUUUGAAAAAAAAAAAAGGUUAAAUGAAUGAUGUAGUGUAAGAUGAUGGUAUAAGGGAUUAUUUAUAUGGAAAAGUUAGGAAAUGCUUGUGUUAAAGUUGAGCCGAGUUAAACAGGUAUUGAAAAGUUUGUCAUGGUUUUCUUUUUCGUAGAUUCUCGGAGUUUUCGAUAACGCUUCGGUGUUAAGUUUGAGCCAAAAUAUUGCUGGAAAUAAUAGAAAACAACGUCACAUGUCUGUGAUUCCUCGCGGUUGCUUAAAAAAUGUAGUGGAAUAUGACUGACAAUAAAUAAAUUCAAUGAAAAAAAA